ACCCGCCCAAGAAGGGCUACGAUUUCGACACGGUCAACAAGCAGACGUGCCAGACCUACAGCUUCGGCAAGACCAGCUCCUGCCACCUGUCCAUCGACGCUUCGCUCACCAAACUCUUCGAGUGCAUGACCCUGGCCUACAGAGUGCCGCACGGUUUGGGAACUGAAACAGAGCAGUUGGUCCGCAGCAGCACUAUUCGUAACAGCCAAAAGGUGAAACGACAAAUGCCCAUCUGCGAGUGCAAGGAUAAGAACGCGUGGUCUGUCCCUCCAGCGGGAUGGGAUUGCGCUGUGGAAAGCAGCGAAGGACCAGCCCUUGUUACAACGUGGAUGGCCCUUGAAACUAGUGUGCCUAGUGAACAAAGCCACAUGCAAACCACAUAUUUAAUCAUUCUGUUUAUAUGAAGUGUCCAGAAGAAACAAACCAGAGAGACAAAGUAGAUUAGUGGCUGCCAGGGCAUGGGGAGGAGGAGAUGGGGAGUGACUGCUCCAUGGGUACAGGCUUCCUUUUGGGAUGAUGAAAACUGUUGUGAACCUAGGUAGCCCCGAUGGGCACAUAGCAUUGCAGAUUGCUUAAAGCCACUGAAUCAUCUGCUUUAAAAUGGUUCAAAUGUGGGAAGCUGGUAUCCCCCAAAUGGAAGAAUUUCAAGGGCCUGAAGCUCCAGUGGAGAGACAAGAUCCGCCUCAAUAAUGCCAUCUGGCGGGCGUGGUAUAUGCAAUAUUUGGAGAAGCGCAAGAAUCCCGUGUGCCACUUUGUCACUCCACUAGAUGGCUCUGUUGAAGUAGAUGAGCAUCGCAGGCCAGAGGCCAUCACCACAGAAGGGAAGUACUGGAAAAGCCGCAUUGAGAUAGUGAUCCGGGAAUAUCACAAGUGGAGAACCUACUUCAAGAAAAGGCUACAGCAGCACAAGGAUGAGGACCUUUCCAGCCUGGCCCAGGAUGAUGACAUGCUUUAUUGGCACAAACGUGGGGAUGGAUGGAAGACCCCAGUCCCCAUGGAGGAGGACCCACUGCUGGACACAGACAUGCUCAUGUCGGAAUUCAGUGACACCCUCUUCUCAACACUUUCCUCACACCAACCGGUGGCGUGGCCCAACCCCCGGGAAAUAGCACAUCUGGGAAAUGCAGACAUGAUCCAGCCGGGGCUGAUUCCCCUGCAGCCCAACCUGGAUUUCAUGGACACUUUCGAACCCUUCCAGGACCUCUUCUCUUCCAGCCGCUCCAUUUUUGGUUCCAUGCUGCCUGCUCCUGUCUCAGCACCUGCACCAGAUCCCAACAGUCCACCUGCUCAGGAGAGCGUCCUGUCAACCACAGCUCUCCCCGCCGUGAGCCUCCCUGAUGGCCUCAUAGCACCUCCUACAGCCACCGCCCUGGAUGCCACGGAUGGGGAGGGCUGUGAACGAGCUCCCCGGCCUGGAGACCCCUUUAUCCAGCCCACAGACUUCGGUCCCCCUGCACCGCCACUGAAUGUCCCUCAGCCUUUCCUGCCCGUGUUCACCAUGCCCUUGCUAUCUCCCGGCCCUGCCCCAGCGCCUGCUUCUCCUGCCCUGCCUUUAGCUCCGCCCCCUGCCCCUGCCUUGAGCCGCUCGGCUCCACCUACCUUCCUGCAGCCGAAGUUUGCGGGCGCCAGCAAGUCGCCCUCCGUCAUCACACACACGGCCUCUGCCACCCUCACGCAUGAUGCAUCUGCCACCACCUUCAGCCAGAGUCAGGGCCUUGUCAUCACAACCCACCAACCCACGCCCUCGGUGUCCCCCUGUGGCCUGGCGCUUCCUCCGGUCACCCGGCCUCCAACCACUGGGCCUCCCCAACCCUGUUUAACAUUUGUGCACCCCAAACCUGUCUCUCUGACUGGGGGAAGGCCCAAGCAGCCCCCCAAAAUAGUGCCUGCUCCCAAACCAGAGUCUGUGUCCGUGGUACUGAAGAAUGCUUGCAUCGCCCCAGCUGCCUUUUCAGGACAACCACAAGCGGUGAUUAUGACAUCAGGCCCUCUGAAGAGAGAAGGGAUGUUGGCUUCUACCGUGUCCCAGUCCAAUGUGGUCCUCACGCCUGCUGCUAUUGCCCGGGCUCCUGGAGUCACGGAGUUCCACAGUGGCAUCCUGGUGACAGACCUUGGCCACACCACGAGCAGCCAGCCGGCACCUGUCUCUCGGCUCUUCUCUCCAAGCACAGUACAAGACGCCCUGGUGAAGGGCGAGCAGGUCCCGGCCACGGGUUCCAGUCGAGAUGGCCCAAACUCAGGGCAGGCCUCUCCAUGUGCUUCAGAGCAGAGCCCCAGUCCCCAGUCUCCCCAGAACAACUGCUCAGGGAAAUCUGCAGACCCCAAAAAUGUGGCUGUUUUAAAGAACCGGCAGAUGAAGCAUAUUUCAGCUGAGCAAAAAAGACGCUUCAACAUCAAGAUGGGCUUUGACACCCUCAACAGUUUGAUCUCUAAUAAUUCCAAGCUGACCAGCCACGCCAUCACGCUGCAGAAGACCGUGGAGUACAUCACCAAGCUACAGCAGGAGCGGAGCCAGAUGCAGGAGGAAGCCCGGCGGCUGCGGGAGGAGAUCGAGGAGCUCAAUGCCACCAUCAUCUCCUGCCAGCAGCUGCUCCCUGCCACAGGAGUCCCCGUCACCCGGCACCAGUUCGAUCACAUGAAAGACAUGUUUGAUGAGUAUGUGAAGAGCCGGACCCUGCAGAAUUGGAAGUUCUGGAUUUUCAGUAUCAUCAUCAAGCCGCUGUUUGAGUCCUUCAAGGGGAUGGUGUCCACCAGCAGCCUGGAGGAGCUGCACCGGACGGCGCUGUCCUGGCUGGACCAGCACUGCUCCCUGCCCGUCCUCAGGCCGACGGUGCUGGGCACCCUCCGGCACCUGAGCACCACCACCUCCGUCCUGACAGACCCAUCCCAGCUGCCGGAGCAGGCGGCACAGGCUGUCACCAGAAUCGGCAAGACACCGGGGGAGUCUUAGCAGUGCCUCGCGGGCACGCGGCCGCACAAGAUGCCACGGAGGCUCUUCCCUGCCCACGGAGAGGACGCUGCACCCCCAGGCCUCUCCUGACGCCGAGCUCAGGGCCCCCCUCCAGCUCCACCGGCCCACUGGGCCCCUCAGAACGCUGCGCUCAGGUCUGAAGCAGGUUCGGGUCCUGCCGACAGCAAUAGCUCGUCUUUGGGAACCCCUUGCUGUGAACUCUUACUCAGCGACCUCAUCAUGACCUCCCCUGCGCUCAGGCAACCCAGACAGUGUCCUGUCCUACUGGUGGCCUAAGCAGGGAGUAGAUGGGACAGACAGUCACGGCCUGCUCCCGGGAGCUAGGAAGCACAAGGGUUCCUCUUUGGCUCUGUGCUCAGAUGUAGGAUGCUGGCUCCUGUCAGCCCUGGGCCCUUGGAUGGCUCUGAGCGAUUCCCUGAGCUGCUCUGACUCUCCUGGGGGGGCAGGUGGAAGGCCCCUUCCUCUUCUCUCAGACUCUGGCUUUGUAAGUAGGUUUGGACAGCAGCUCAGGCUCGCACACGGAGGCUGCUCCCACCGUGUGGGCCGCCAGGGAACCCCAGGCCCCGUGGAAGGAAGCAGUGGACGUGGGUGCACACGCGGCGAGGAGAGCACAGCAGUGCAAAGCCGCGGCUCCGGCCUGGAACCCCUCGGGCGGCGCUGCAGGCGGCAGCCACACAGCAGUGUUUUGAGAACCGUGGCGGGGACUCCGGCGGGGCCUCCCUGGGCACCACCUCACCACGUGGCCCUUGUUCUCCACCUUCCUCCAAGCCGCAGCCUCGGACGAGCCAGCAGCGUUUGGGGGACGCACACAGCCCUCAGGGUGUAGCAUCCGAGAGGCCAGACUCCACGGUGCCGCCAGCGGGCUAUCAUCUUGUCUGGAUUGUUCAGCCAGGAGUCCCAGACCGUAACAGUUCUCGGACCAAAGAUGUCACCACACCCAAAGUCUGUCCCAUGUUGUGUUUGGAGGAAGAAACAGAAUGUUGCUGGGCAGCGCUCUGAGGCAGCUGGCCUCAGGGCUCUCUAGCCUCUCCCAUAUCAGACGGCGAAGAAUUACACUCCUGUUUGAACAAGGCAGAAGGAUAGCUGAGGGCAACAGGCUGCUUCUGAACGUGGGACUUGCACUUGGAGUGUCCAGGCCCAACCUCUUGCCGUGUCUGCAAGAGGGGGUGCAGAUGGACGGCGGGCGCUCUCUCUAACUCUCAGGAAGCCCAGCCAGGGGUACCUCCUCGUCGAAAGAAUGUGCUUUUAAACAUCCUGCUGUGAAGUUCAGAGGGUCUGCGGGCUUUCCAUUCAACCUCUGUCCUCCCUGCCAGAGAUGGAGCCUGGGCAGUGCCAGGCAGGCCGGAAACCCUGGGGUCGGCUCCGUGGGGGCUACCAAGGGCCACCUCCUGCAGCUUGGAUCUACUCGGAGGCUCCCGCGGGUUCCUGGAGGCCCGCUGAAGGUGCUCGGGGGCAGCCAUCCCUCCCUGCCUCAGUUGAUGGAGGAUGGAAGGGGUGUCUUCCCUCUACCGCCCGCCAGCUGUGCUACCGUCUCGCUGCAGGUCACCGACCCGUCACCCACUCCCAUCUGUGCUUCAGCUCCGCACAAGAGCAGCUUGGCGGCACCCCUCAGCCUCUCCAGAAGCCGUGUUUACAAGCCUCCCAGUUCACUCCCCUGAGGGGCGAGCACAAGACGAGGCUGGGCUGAUCCUUACUGUCCACUGGGAAGUGGUAAGAGAACUUCUCCUUCACCCCAGGAUAAACAUGAAGUCGCCCUUCAAAAGGGGAAGACCACCAUGGUAAGAACUCACUAGGGUCAGAAGGCAAAACACGAGAUGUCCCUAGCUGUAAGGGCUUGUGGGGGGUCAUGAGUGCCAUCCUUCCCCAGUACCUGUGCCUUUGUAAACCGUGCGGAUGGCCAUAAUGCUUGGCCCACCAAGACCUCUCCUAAAUUAGUAACCUUCUCCCCACCCUGGGAGUCUUUUUUUUUUUUUUUUUAAGUCUAUGGGUAUAUAAAAUUGGCCUCUUGGCUUCUUCGGCCUACCUCUCCUCUUCCUUUUGCUGAAUUAAUGUUCAUGAUUCUGUUUUGUUAAAUAUUUAAGGCUGUUAGGUCACGUGAGACUUUGAAGGGUGUGUGUGUGUUCGUGUGUGUGUCCUGGCAGACUGUUAACUAGAUGCGUGUUUUUGUUUUGAGACAUUUACUUAAAUCCAUUUCUCUUGGUGCUCACGGUUACCCUGGCUAUAGGGCUGCAAAGCUGUAUCUCUUCCCACAGACGUGAUCGUUUCAUGUCCCAGAAUCAUUUAUUUUGGAAUCUUGCUUGAUGAAUCUGGCCAGAAAGAGGGGCCCAGCGGGGGCGCAGGGACAGCGAGACCACCCUGCCGGAGGCCUCCGGGACCUGCUGACCACAGGGCUGUGCUUUGUUUACACUCGUUUUCACCCCUGCCCCUGCUCCCAUAAGAAAUUUUUAAAUGCUGACACUUUGGAGAAUAAAAAGGAUCAGUUUGAAAAGGAAAAAAAAAAAAAAAAAGCUUGCCUGGCACAUAAAUCUUUGAAAAGCAUUUCUAUGAAAUCUUUCUGUGCCAUCAACUCCCGUCACACUGCUGCCUGCUCUUUCACGAUGAGUGGGAAACAGAGGGACAGGGCAGGUGCCACCAUGGGGCUUUCUGAAAGUUGGUGGGCCCGUCCCUCCCAUCUCUGGCGAGUUGCACAGCAGCAGUCACCCCCUCCCCCAGGAGGGCCCCAGCCCAUGCAUCCUGGCUGCUGUCCAGCCAGAUUUUCUCACAUGAGAGCAGCAGUUCCAGCAUCAGAAGUUAGAGUUAAUGAGGUGCCAAUGGGCAUCACUGGCUCUUGUCAGGAGGAAGGGCUGGAGGGCAGGGAGCCCCCAGCACCGCCCUGUUCCUGGAGCCUCUGCAGGAGGAGGAGUGGUCCGUGGUUGUCCAUGUGUCCUUGGGCUCCCAGCUUCAUCUGCUUCCUGCCCUUGUGACCUGAUGGUUGGGCCUGAAGGUUUUCCUGCUCUGGCUAUAGAAAUAGAAACUUGGACUCUGAGCAAGCAUGGCCCCCCAGGGUGGUGCCAACCCCCUUUGUGUCGCCCCAGGUGAGGGGGUGUGGUCACAAGUGACCAGAGAGGGAGGAGGAGCAGGUUCGUUGUUCUAGGAUUACAAGCUGUCAGUCUAGCUGAAGCACCGGUUGGUCAGCGUGGUUCCGGGCUGUCCUCAGGGCCCUCUGCCCCAUGCCCAAGACCCCCCCAUGCCGUGGACAGGCUGGCCCGCUCUCUCUCUGGUGUAAAGUUGCCUUUCCCUGGAGACCACCCGUCUCCGAUUAUGCACUUUGGCAGUGAUAACCCACCCACCGCUCAUGGGAACUCAGCUUUGCCAAGUGUUCCCUCGGUUGUGAUCUCACUGGGGGAGAGAGAGCUGGGAUACCCUGGUGUGAGCGACACGGCAGCCACGGGCCGGGGUCGACGCCUCAGUGCCCCGAUACCGCGAAUGGGUCCUCACCACGUCUGAACGUGGACAGGGGGAGAAGAGGGUUAGCUUGGAAGCUCAACACCUAUUUGUAACAUUCAGUAGUCUCCGUGGCCUUGACCCUCCUGGAUCCGAGAGGCUGCAGGAGCAGGGAGAAGACUUCCGGCCUACUGUGUACCUCCAACAACUGCCCCAUUUUCAUUCCCUUCUGAGGAGUUGGCUUUGCUUGGCUCAUCAGGCAGGGGGCUGUUUCCUUGUUGGGGUUUGUGAAAAUCAGCCUUUGAGAAAGAAAAGGGAAUUUUCAUGUUGAGUGUUGGGUGUGUGUGUGUGUGUGUGUGUGUGUACGCACGUGCACGUGCUUGCGCAAGCCCACCUGUGUGUGUGCACUUAAUGGAAUUUUAUUUUUGCGAAAUUCCUUUCCAAUUAUGUAGCAGAAUUCACCUCUGUUUCCCAGUCAAACUUUUGGUUUCACGGUCAACCCUGGGCAUCACUAAUUUGAAGAAUUCUCUUCUGGGUUUCUGAACAGAGGUGUGCCCCUCCCAAGGCUUGAGACUGUGGAGGGUUUGGGAGAAGCAGAUCCAUUUCCGUAGAGUUUGUCCUGCAGUUGAAGAGUCUGAUGGGCUCAGCCCGGGGAGACACAGUUCCCAGAUCGUGUUUCUCACGGGGCAGCUUGAAGGCAGCCUCUCUCCCCGACAACGCCACAGCGCCCUGCUGUUUCUCUGCAGAGUCUUCUCAGGAGGCCCAGGGAAGGAGACUUUGUUCAUCUACUUAUUUUGGAACAUCACGGCUGAGCCACCACAUUCUCUUCCUUUUCCUGCUUCCAGUUCAUUGUGUAAAUGGUUCCUAUUUUCUGUUGUGAGCUUCGGUGAUUGUGUCAGGGCUCCGCUAGGAGACGGUCUCCCCUCGUGGUCCGAACAGCACAAUCGAGGAGAGCCUAGUCCCUCGGAGGCUCCCUCAGGCUACGCCAUCCAGACACCAUCCUCCAUGCUCUGCGGUCGAGAAGCACGUUUCCACCAGCUGUAUUCAACACUACAAUGCAGUUUUAAAACUAUAUUUGCAUCCAAAACAAUAAAAAGCUGUAUUUUUUUGAAA